AUGAAUUUAUUCAAUCAUGAGGGUGUGUUCUUUAAUGGAAAUUUACCAAGCCCAAUGGAAAGAGUAUCGAAAAGUUUUGAUUAUGAUUCUGCUUCAGUUGCGACAACUCAUCAUUUAUUUGGAGCUAAUACAUAUGUUACUACAACUACCGUGCAAGAUGUCCAAUCAGCUUUUAUGUUACCUUUUUGGCAACACGAUAUCCAAUCAAGAUCUCAGAGGCCUACUGAGAACUUACCUUCUUGUUAA